CGACAUUAACCACCUCUUUGUAUGUGCCUAAAAUCAACUCUUCUAAAUGGAUUCAGUGUGAGUGAGCAUAAGCCCGCCAAAGAUGUUAGUACACAAUCUGCGUACGGCGAGUGAUAAGCAGAUGACACAAUUUCGGCACGCCGGGCUAUUAAAAUAAAAAAUAUAAUAAUAAUGAUUUUUUGUCAACAAACACAAGCCAUCAAUGGACGGUGACGCUCGGCGCGAAAUAGCAACGCUCUCAACAAGGCACUAUGCGCUGUAGAGAAUCAUUUCUUUCGUAGCUAUCAGUACGAGCGGAACAAAUAAAGAUUUUUUUUUUUGGCAAACUGCAACUGUGAAGUGCUCGAUUUCCGAAUCCAUUUCCAUUUCUGGAUGUUUCUCAGCUGAGCCGGUAACUAUAAAGUCUUUGUUUUCAAUAUUCGCAGUGGAGGAAAAUUGCGUCCGUUAUGUUGCGCUGGUUACGCUUGCUCUUAGCGCUUGUGAUUGUGCGUGGAACUUGGCAGUUAUGUGAACGUAAACCGCUGGGUGCCACAGGCGAUCCAUCAAUCGUGGAUCAGAAUUUCCAAGUAUUGAUCGAAGGCAAUCCGAAGAACUACAUACCGGGACAGCGUUACAAUAUUUCCCUAUCUUGCGACGCGGCGCUCAAGUUUAUCAGUUUCACAUUGGUUGCGGAGAGCGAAGAUGCUAGCGUUAGCCCUGGUCCGGACACUAUCGGCUAUUUCGAGCUCACCGAUAUAGCGGAGACGCGCUUCAGCAUGCAGUGUGAGAAUAUGAUCGAGAGCACAAAUCCGAAUCCAAAAGUACGUGUCAGUGUUGGUUGGACGGCGCCAAAGGCCGGUUGUGUGCUCAUCAAGGCGGCGGUGCUGCAACAUCGCAGCGUGUGGUACAUUGAUGGGGGUUUCCUUACGAAACGCAUUUGUCCGGAAGAGAUUGAUGAAGUGAAUAGUCCGACACCACCACUCGAAUUGUGUUGUGCGUGCGAUGAGGCGAAGUACGAGCUGAUUGUGGAGCGCAAAUGGGGUCGCAAUACACAUCCGCGUGAUUUUCCCUCGGAAUCUUGGCGCACACGUCUCAGCGAGAUUAUCGGCGCAUCGCAUAGGCGCAACUACAGCUUUUGGGCAUAUGGCGAGUUCGCCAGCCCGGGUUUGCAAGAGAUGGCGGAGCAUGGCGCAACAAGUCUUUUGGAGGAGGAAAUAAAGGUAAUCCCUUUUAAGCGAGUUUUAGUAUACGUUUAUUUAUUUUUACACCCCAUACAGUUCGGUGAGGUACGCACAAUCAUCAAAGCGCCCGGCAUUAGGUAUCGUGAAAAUGUCCUAAGCACCACACUGGCUAAUGUGCGUGUAGAUCCGGAACAUCAUGUAAUCUCUUUAGUUACAAAAAUUGAGCCUUCACCCGAUUGGAUAUUGGGCGUUGCUGGCUUGGAGCUCUGCUUGGAAAACUGCACUUGGAUUAAUGAGAAAGUCUUAAAUUUAUAUCCCUGGGAUAUUGGCACCGAUGCCGGUCCAUCUUAUAUGUCGCCCGAUCAGCCACAGAAACCACCCGAUGUUGUACGUCGCAUAACAUCCACAUCGCCAAAUGAUCAAAGAUCGCCAUUUUACGAGGAGAGCGGUAAGCCCAUGACUGCAAUGGCGACGCUUUAUGUACGGCGCAAAAAGUUGUACGAGCGAGAGUGUGAUACGGAUGAGAACUUGCCAUUAGAGUGCGCCACCCACCCCUGGAAUGCGUGGAGUGAGUGUACGACGCGUUGCGGACCGGGCACACAAACCCGCACACGCGCUUACAAAGAUCCGGAUUUGGCAAGAAAUUUCCAUUGUCAAGUAGUGUUACAUCAAAAACAGCGUUGUGUGGGUGAGAAAUGUGGUGUGCCCAGUGUGGAGGACGACGAGGAGGGUGAAGAGUGUCAGCUAAGACCUUGGAGUGCAUGGUCGGCUUGUUCGCGCCGUUGUGGACGUGGUUAUAUAACACGCAGUAGGGAAUACAUGAACCCGUACCAGCGAGAGAAGUGCUUGAACGAUAACCCAGUAGAGCUUGAACAACAACGGGAUUGUGAAGGACAAGACUGUGGUGGUAGACAGGCUGCGGACAGCGGUGAAGAAACUGACACUGAAAACUCAAAUGUGCAAGAUAUUGAGGGUAAUGAAGAAAACAACGAGGAUGAAGACGCUGAGUUUUCCCACAGACGCACAAAUUCACGCACCUACGGCAGGCAACCAAGCUGGUCAGCGGACGGCGGCAUCGAUACACAAGCUGAGAUAGAAGAAGAACUGGAAAAUAAUGACGAAAUCGCAGGCAUACCCGAGCAAAUAGACGAAGAAAAUGAAGAAGAUUCAUAUGGCGGCAAUCGACUUCGUGGCAAUCGAAUACUUGGCUAUAGACGAAAUCGCAAUCGCGUUGGUGGCGCGAACAAUCGUAACGACGACAUUGACGACUUACAAGACAGUGCUGCCGAAGAGGACGACAAUUUCGGUCUACGUCAGGAGUAUGAUGAACGCGGACAUCGUGGUGUAUUCGUGGAAUCGAGCGAUCCCAAUAAAUACGAUGUGUUACAACAGUUUUGCUUUGACAAACCCUACAUGAGGCGUUCGCGUUGCGAUCGUCAGAUUUUGGGUGUGCGUAAUUAUUGGUUUUACGAUGCGGAUGAUCGUCAAUGUAAAAUAUUCACCACAGAUGAUUGUGAUGAUAAUAAGAAUAAAUUUCGCACCUUGGACGCUUGUGAGGGUACCUGUUUAAUGCCACAUCAGCUGCAAGGUGGCGCCAGAGAGAUGGAGGAGAAUAAUGAAGAGGAGGAGUGGAGUGGACGUUUCGGUGAGCCUGAGUCAUUGGUGAAACAACAGAAAAAGCGUAAAAGGAAAGAUGGACGUAAAAGAAAUCGCAGACGUAAAGAGAAGGAACAGCCAAAACAAUCAGUUGCUGGUGAUAUAAGAAACUAUGCGUACAGAAAGAGGAGGAGAGACACCAUAAGCUGAGUUUAAAAAAUCUUAAAAAAAAAACCCAUAAAAAUAUUUUAUAAAA